CUUCGCUGGGACAUGGUUGCUAUAAAGUUGGAAUGGAAUACACAAUACCCGGACUUAUUGCCCUUUUAUUCUGAGCAUAGCUUUAGGCUACUAAAUGGCGGCGGAGGUUUUGAUAGAUACUAAUGGGAAAUCUACAAGGCACCUUACCUUAUCCCUGUUAGCUGUAGCGUUGCUCUCCUCAUUCGGCAGCUCACUGCUCUAUGGUUAUAAUCUGGCAGUUGUUAAUUCUCCUGCAGAGUUCAUUAAGGACUUUUAUAACCAAACCAUUGUGAGGCGGUAUGGGUCAGGAGUGGAUGAAGAAAAUCUCACGCUUCUAUAUUCAGUCACUGUGUCUAUAUUUGCCAUUGGAGGCUUGGUGGGCUCUCUCACAGUAGGAAUGCAAGUUACGAGAUUUGGAAGGAAAGGGACACUGGUACGCAGCACAGCUCUGGUGUUUGUAGGUGGGGCAAUGAUGGGCUUUAGUCGGUUAUGUGAAUCCCCAGAAAUGAUCAUCAUUGGUCGCUUCAUUACAGGCAUACAUUCAGGGAUAUCUCUUAGUGUGGUGCCAAUGUACCUUGGAGAAAUUGCUCCAAAGAAUCUUCGAGGAUUUCUGGGACUCGUGCCUAGCAUCUUCAUCUGUUUGGGAGUCUUUUUUGCUCAGAUUCUAGGGCUCCAUGAGUUCUUGGGCAAGGAAGACCACUGGCCUCUGUUCCUCUCUCUUGUUGUGGUGCCUACAUUCAUCCAGCUCAUGUUGUUGCCAUGGUUCCCUGAGAGUCCGAGAUACCUGAUGAUAGAAAAGCGGAACAUUCAUGCCACUAUCAAAGCAUUGAAGUGCUACCGUGCAAAGUGUGACAUCCAGGAUGAGAUGGAGGAGAUGGAGGAAGAACAGCGCACAAUGACAUCAGUGGAGACUGUUUCAGUAUUGCAGCUCUUCAAGGAUUUGUCUGUGCGCUGGCAACUUAUCACCAUCAUUGUGGUGAAUGCUGGAAUGCAGCUGUCUGGAAUUGAUGCGAUCUGGUUCUACACCAAUGCUAUAUUUGAGAAUGCCGGUAUUUCUGCUCAUCAGAUCCAGUACAUAACAGUAGGCACUGGAGCCAUAGAAGUCAUUGCUGGGCUCAUUGGUUGCUUCACAAUUGAGCGUGUUGGUAGAAGGCUGCUAAUGAUCAGUGGUUUUAGUUUCAUGGGCAUUUGCUGUGCUGGAAUUACCGUUUCACUGUUGUUACAGACACAUGUGACUUUCAUGCGUUAUAUCAGUGUGGCCUGUGUGGUCGGAAUUAUUGCUGGAUUCUGCAUAGGACCUGCUGGUGUCCCGUUCCUCAUGACAGGAGAGCUGUUUAAACAGUCUCAUCGAUCUUCUGCAUACAUUGUAGGAGGAUCUCUCAACUGGAUGUCAAACUUUGCCGUAGGCUUUGUUUUUCCAUUCCUGCAGAUGUCAGCUGGUGCUUUCUGUUACCUGGUGUUCUGUGUCAUGUGUGUGGGUGUGGCCGUGUAUGUCUACUUCAUUAUCCCUGAGACGAAGAACAAAACUUUUGUGGAGAUCAGUCAGAUGUUUGCCUCAAGAAAUGGUUGUGAAAUUGAUAACCAAGCCCUGACUUUUGCUGACCAUCUCAGCCUAAAAAAGAUGAAUGGUUAUGGAACAGUGGUACCUCAAGAUGUGGAGAAAUAAUGAUAAAGCAGGACAAUAUUUUAAUCUUUGAUCAUGGCUUGGUUUCCCGAAAUCUUCGUAAGGCUAUGUCGUUCUUAAGUUAUACCAUAAGAGUGGUAGCGAUAUAUUCUUAAGAAAGACGUAGUGGUACAAAGGUUUUGGGAAACCCAGGCCUGGUGCUACAAAAGAUUGUUGCUCAGAGGGCCUCGACAAUGUGAUUUUCUUGUGAUUUGUGUGCUGACUGCCCUAAUAUAGCAGUACUGGCACAACUAGAGUCAAUUUGAAAUGGGGUUUUCUUUUUGUAUGAUCACUUGAAUCUUUAAAAUGUAUUUGCCAUUGUGAUCUUAAAGCCAGCCACUGGCUUUAGAUUGCGCCAAGUGUGUUUUUUUUAUAUUAAAUCACUUUAAAUGAGAAAAACAUCUGGUAAAUGACAAAGCAAAGACUGUUUAAGUGAUUGAUAAGGUUUUUGGACUAGACAAGGAUAUCAUAGUUGAACUAUUGUUACAUUAAAAGUAUUUAAAGCUAUCAAUGAAAUGUAGUUCAUAACAAAAUAAUAUAUUCUGAUAUAGCAUAUAAGCAAUUCCAUGCAAAUUUCAACCUUACGAUGAAAAAAGUUUUAACUAAGGGUUAUUACUAUACUAACAGCACAGAUGUCAAAAUUAGCCAAUUUUAAAUAUAUGAGACCACUCUUAACGUUUUUGAAGCAUUUUCUUUAUUUUUAGUGCAUGAUUUUCUAUUGUCCGAUAAAAGCCAUUUUUUUAUGUUUAGACUAUCAGCAAGAUGUAGUAAAAUUUUAAACAAUGGUAUAAUAUAUAUACUGUAUGUCACAUCUAUAACACAACAUGUCACUACCAAUAUCAUAUAUAAAAUAAUUGUAUUAACAAACGAGGGCAAAGUAUGUACAAUAUAUAAAAAGCAAGCUACAUAUGUAAAUUAAUGUAAAAAUACAUUGAAAAUCAACACACUCUGUACUGUACUGUUCUCAUCUAUACAAUAACACAAUUACAGUACUUGUAACAAUUCAAUGUCUGCCUGCUUCCGUCACUAGACUACACUACCCAUAAUCCGUAGCACCCCUCUCACCUGAUCACCAUCUUCGGACAUUUGUUUAUCCCGGUCACCUGUGUAUCCCUCGUUACCUGUGUUAUUUAAGUUCUCAGCUUGUUUGUAGACAUUGUCAAGUAUUGAAUAUGUUUGAUGUCAACUUGUGUGCUGUUCAGGGUUUCCUUUGAGUUGCUUUUGGAUUCUGUUAUUUAAUCACCAUUUCGAUUCUACCCGUUGUCGUACGCUCUUGUCUGCCAGCACAUAUUACAGUACUAAUAUGUGUUUUAAUUUGUUCUCCAAAAACGUCUUUCGAAAGCCCCAUGCUUUGUUGAAAUAUGAAGGUGAUGUCAUGUGACUAUUUAUUUAUAGCUGUUGUGUAUUUAUUUCAAUACUACAGUUUGAUGUGUGCAGAAAAACAGCAGAGGGCGUGCAGUAUGUAUACAUGACCAAGUCAUUCUAAAAACAUUACAAAUAUUCUAUGCAUAUAUGUUUGCUUUACAUACAUGAAACAAACAUAAGAUUACAUUACAUAUAUAUCCUAUAUUGGCCCAACAACCAACAUACUUUAAAAAAAUACUGUAAUAUUGUAACAAAUGUUUAUAUGCUAUUUUAUACUUUAGGAUUUUCAAAGUCUCGCUCACCCUGGGAAGCUUUAUUGAAAUAAUUAUUUUCUAUUAUGGGCUGCUUUAUGCUUUUUUUAUGAACUUUUUUGUAAUAAUAAUGACAAAAUGUAGCGAUUUUCCAACAUUUAAAAAUAGUUUUUUUUCAAACUGUCACUGUCCCUACGCAGUGGCGGUUCUAGACAACUGUUACUUGGGGGGGCCAGGCAGUAGCCACUUAUGCUUUUAGGGGGUACACUAACAUGUGUCAUGAUUAUUUUUCAGUUGUUUUUCACGGUCAUGUAUUACUGUUUUCUCUGGAAGUAAACUAUUAAGCUAA